AUGAGCGAUCAGUUUGGCACAACUGUGCACUGUACAAGCAAUGCCUUGACCAGAGUGCGGGAAUACCCAGCGACCAAUAAUGAUUCACGAUCUCAAAGGUCCUUUCAGCAGUUUCAAGAAGGCUUCACAGCCAUUUGCAGUAUUCAGGUGAUGCUAAAGGCACAGACAUCAAGGGAGUCUGCAUGUUAUCGGUGUAUUGAAUGCAGUACAAAAGCGACUGAGCUGUACAAGGAUUAUCAACGUGGUGUGUUGUGGAUCUCUAUCUGCGGUGAGUUAUGUGAAGAAAAAUCCUGCCAGAAGCCAGUGGACAAAUAUAUAGAAUAUGAUCCUGUCAUCAUCUUAAUUAAUGCUAUCUUAUGCAAAGCACAAGCAUACAGACAUAUCUUGUUCAAUACAAAAAUAAAUAUUCAUGGAAAGCUUUGCAUAUUUUGUUUGCUUUGCGAGGCUUAUCUCAGGUGGCUGCAGUUACAGGAUUCAAGUCAAAGUACUGAGCCUGAUGAUUUAAUUAGAUAUGCCAAAGAAUGGGAUUUCUAUCGAAUGUUUGGAAUAACAUCUUUGGAACAAACUGCCUUUUUGACUGGCAUCUUCACUGCUCUGUGGUUAAUCAAACCUGCUGUCCUGAAAACCAAGGCAGAUUUCAUAUUUCUUCUGAAAGCAUUGCUGUUAUCUAGCUAUGGAAAACUUCUUCUGAUUCCAGCAGUUAUUUGGGAGCAUGACUACACUCAUUUGUGUCUGAAGCUCAUUAAAGUGUUUGUGCUGAUGUCAAACUUUCAAGCAAUUAGAGUUACUUUGAAUACUAGCCGCAAACUGUGUCUGAUGGUCAUUUUGAAUGGAUUACUUUUCAAAAAUGGCAUCAUUUACUUGUUCCAGAAAAUAGGAUGGGAUGUCUGA